GCUGCCGUUCUCCGCGCUUCCGCUUCCGGCAGCGUGGGUGGUGGCGGGCCGUGCGGUGAUGGCGGCUGGCGGCAGCGAUCCGCGGGCUGGCGACGUAGAGGAGGACGCCUCACAGCUCAUCUUUCCUAAAGAGUUUGAAACAGCUGAGACACUUCUAAAUUCAGAAGUUCAUAUGCUUCUGGAACAUCGAAAGCAGCAGAAUGAGAGCGCAGAGGAUGAACAAGAACUCUCAGAAGUCUUCAUGAAAACAUUAAACUACACAGCCCGUUUCAGUCGUUUCAAAAAUAGAGAGACCAUUGCCAGUGUUCGUAGCUUGCUACUCCAGAAAAAGCUUCAUAAGUUUGAGUUGGCCUGUUUGGCCAACCUUUGCCCAGAGACUGCUGAGGAGUCCAAGGCUUUAAUCCCAAGCUUGGAGGGGCGGUUUGAAGAUGAGGAGCUGCAGCAGAUUCUUGACGAUAUCCAGACGAAGCGCAGCUUUCAGUAUUAAUCUCCAGAUGUCACUGCUUCUCAGAGAAACCAUGUCCCCAGGCGUACCACCACCUUCCCAGGGGCUGGGGCUGACUUGCACAGAAAUUCUACUGCAGAAGACAGUUGAGAAUUCCUUUGGAGAAAAUAGCCCAGCUUGGCAUUGGGUUAGGUUGCUGUUUCAAAUAACUCAUAGGUCCAGGUGACAGGUAAUCUUGGAGCAGCCUUGUGCAGUGGCUGCUAGUGGCUUUCCUGAAUGUGCCUCUGGGAAGUGUGAGGUGGGUGUGUCACAUAAGCCACACUAUUGACUACCUCAUUCAUGGUUUUUGGCCUCCACGUCAUCUUUUCUUAAUAUUUCCCUUUUUUUUUUUUUUUUUUGAGACGGAGUCUUACUCUGUCGCCGGGUGCCAGGGUGGAAUGCAGUGGCACAAUCUCGGCUCACUGCAACCUCCACCUCCAGGUUCAAGCAAUUCUCUUGCCUCAGCCUCCCGAGUAGCUGGGACUACAGGUGCAUGCCACCACACCCAGCUAAUUUUUGUAUUUUUAGUAAGAUGGGGUUUCACCAUGUUGGCCAGGAUGGUCUCGAUCUCUUGACCUUGUGAUCCGCCUGCCUUGGCCUCCCAAAGUGCUGGGAUUACAGGCUUGAGCCACCGCCCGGCCAAUAUUUCACGUUUUAAUUUCAGUAUGUUUAUACUUUUUGAAACUAGACCAGAGCAUAGUAGACUUUAUAGAGAAAGACCUGUUUUACAUAGAUGCAAAAGGAAUAAUUAAACCGCUGUUAUUGUUUGAAA